AUGAACCCACACCAAAUACUCAACCUCGUUUUGUUGCUUCCCAUUUUCCUCCUCAAUACCAUACCUUCCUCAGCACGUUCAGAUUCAAACCCAACAGCCAAAGCGCUAUUGAAAUGGAAAAACACUUUUUCAACAACACCCCAAGCUCUAGCAACUACAUGGUCCGAAAGUAACACCAAAAACUUGUCCGCUUGGUAUGGCGUUACUUGCAAUAGUAAUGGUUCGGUUAUUGCUCUUAACCUAACCAAUGCUGGUAUCACCGGAACUCUAUCUCGUCUCGAUUUCACCUCAUUAUCCUCCCUCCAAAUUUUAGACCUCGACGGAAACAUAUUCAGCGGCACCAUACCACAAAAUAUUGGCACUCUGUCCAACCUCAAUUCCUUAAUCCUCAGCAACAAUAAUUUCAGCGGUUCCAUUCCAUCCCGGAUUGGACAACUAACCAAUCUGCGGAAUUUAACUUUCUUCAACAACAUUUUGACCGGGGAUAUCCCUUCAGAGACUGCCAACCUCCAGAACCUGGUGUACCUCGAUUUUGGCGGCAACUUUCUCAAUGGCUUUAAUAAGAAAUUAUCUGAAACCAGUGGUUUCCCUUUCUUGACCUAUUUUAGCGCCUCCCUAAACUACCUCACUUCUGAAUUCCCGCAUUUCAUACUAAACAGUAAGAAUCUCACAUUUCUCGAUCUUUCUCAAAACCAACUCACCGGUGUUAUACCGACUCUCUUAGGUCAACUUACAGAACUCGAGUAUUUAGACCUUUGGUCAAACAGAUUCACUGGGGAAAUUCCUUCCGAGCUCGGGCAGUGCACUAAUCUGGCCUACUUAUCACUAGCCAACAAUUUCCUUUCCGGGACUCUGCCCGACUCCCUGUCGAAUUUAACCAACUUAUCCUAUUUGGUAUUAUCCGAAAACAACUUAUCCGGCCCUAUAUCCAAUUUUAUUGCCUCGUGGACCAAACUAAUAUACUUAAUGCUCCAAAAAAACAAUUUCACAGGGGAAAUCCCAUCCCAGAUAGGCCUCCUCACAAAUCUCAACGCUUUGGUACUCAACAAUAAUAAUUUUACGGGCAAUAUACCGCAAGAAAUAGGAAAUUUGAGUAAUCUGACAUACUUAAUCCUCGCAGCAAACUUUCUGUCUGGCAAGAUACCUCAGUCAAUAGGGAACCUGACAAGCCUCUUGACCCUCGAUUUUGUUGGCAACAAACUCAGUGGGAACAUUCCUGCCCAGAUUGGGCAACUCAAGUCCCUCGAAUACCUUUUGCUCAGCAACAACAUGCUGACAGGGCCCCUUCCCAAUUGCAUUUCCAACCUACCAAAUCUUACGCGGGUGCUUUUCGAAUCGAAUUAUCUUAAAGGAAGUAUUCCAGAUGGUUUUGGCACACUUGAGCAGCUCGAGUUCUUAAGCCUGAGCAAGAAUCAACUCACCGGCCCGAUCCCGACCAAAUGGGCCGACAACUCACGCAUCACCGAUUUUCUUCUCAAUGAUAACAAAAUCUCUGGACCUAUUCCAUCCGAUCUAGGGAAUCUUCAACAACUGCGCGUCCUCGACUUGAGCUCCAACAAACUAACGGAAAAUAUCCCUGCCGAGCUCAUGAAUCUGAACCGGCUUUUUUAUCUCGAUUUGAGCAACAAUCAUUUGAGCGGAGGAAUCCCUGGGGAGGUCGGCCAGCUAACAGCACUCCAGUUUCUUCAUCUGUCACGUAAUAACUUGUCAGGGAAUAUUCCAGAGAAAAUCGGGAAUCUGGGUCGCUUGCUGAGCCUCAACUUGAGCCGUAACCAUUUUUCUGGUAAAUUACCGGAUUCAAUUGGCAACUUGAAAAAUGUCGAGUAUUUGGCAGACCUCAGUAAUAAUUUUCUGUCGGGGAAAAUCACGACGUCAUUUGAAGGGCUGACCAACUUGGAAAGGGUGGACCUGUCGCACAACAAAUUUACGGGCACAAUUCCACCAAAUCUGUGCAAAAUGGUUUCUAUAAUCGAGUCCGAUUUUUAUAACAACAAGCUGGCGGGAGUGGUGCCCAACCCGGAUGGUCUCUAUGGAGUAUCCAAAGGACGCGCUGGUUGCAAACUACUUUAA